UAACUUCAUGUUUAUACUAAUCUGAACUUCUGUGCAGUGUCUUUUUAACCAGUCAUGGCUUCUACACAAUCAUCAUCGUCUGUGGUUGAUGAAUUUGUGUUGGAAACACCAAGUUGUUGGUGUGGUUUGAAAGCACCCCUAAAGACAUCGCACACUACGAAAAAUCCGGGAAGGAAAUUUUUCGCCUGCCCAAAUUAUAAGACGCUUGAAACUAGGAAAUGUGAAUUUUUCAUUUGGGCAGAUAUAUUUCACCUGGUAGAGGAGAACAUUCGUCGAAGAGAGAGUCAAGUUUGGAAUAUGUUGGAUGACGUAUUGGUGCACGAGAAAGAGGUUCGUAAAAAGGAAGAUAAAGUUCGUAAAAAGGAAGAUAAAGUGCGAGGCUUCGUAGGGAAAAUCAUAAAUUAUUAUGUUUGUAUUGGAUUGUGA